GGCUCGGCUCUCGUCCGACCCCAGGGGACGCUUCGGCCGCAGCUGUGCCAGCAAGCGGAGCGAGAGGAGUGCGCGCAGCGGGCACAGGCAGCGAGGCGGCGGCCGGCCCAGCGUCGAGCUCCCAGCGUCCGCAGGCCCCGCCCUCUCACCGGCCUCCGCCAUGGCAAUCACUUCCGGGUCGCCCGGGGCCCUCCACUGCCCCGCGAAGAGAGAAGGCGGGACCCGAGGGGGCGGGCCCUCGGGGAAGCCAAUCAGAGGGCGGCGGCGCGGGCCCGCCAAUGGGCGCCCGGCACCCGGUGCAGGCGCGCUAGGCGAGUCUCGCUUCGUGACGCAAACCUCUAUCGUUCUUGAACUUUUUCCUUUCGUUGGUGGAAAUCACAGGCUUCUCCAAGUUCCCCCUAUUAAAGGUUCCCCACAGCACAGAAAGAUUCCAUUCCAUUCACAUGCCACACCAGCAGUGGGCAUCUCCUCAGCGUCUCAUUCUCAGCACCACCAGAAGCACUUUGGCGACUGUCAAGCGGCCGAGGCCGCUCUGGGAUCUGUGUGGCUCCUCCAAUGUGCUGUGGCCAGCUCCGAUCCCUCACAGGCCCUCGAUGACUCGAGACACUCAGCACCACCUGGGCCCGUUCCAGAUGGCAUCCCUCGUGUGCUCCCCUCUUCACUGUUCCUUUCUUCAACUGCCUGCAGCCUGUCGGGUCCCCCACCUGUCUGCGAGAGCUGCAACAGUAAACUCUUGGCCAAACUCAACAUCCGUUUUUGGUCCUUCUUGGCCUCGAUUCCCCUGUUAUGCUAA